AUGGCAAUUACCGACAAUUUAAGAGUACAAAUUGCUAGUGCUAUCCGUCAGCAAAUCAAAACUGUAGAAAGCUACGGUUCUUCUCCCCAUUCACCAGUGGACAAGACAAUCCCAACCUCCGACGUUCCUUCUGGUGCUCAUAUCUCUGGUGUUCAGCCUAUUCUGCCACCCGCAUGUCUCCUUUUCGAAAUUCCCAUGGUCGAAUCUGCUGCCAAGACAGUGUUGUCUGGUCGUGCAGCUAUUCAGGCUUCUCUUCGUCAACAAGACGACAGAAUGAUUGUCAUUGUCGGACCUGAAACCAUUGAUAAUAUGGAAAACGCUACUGCAUUUGCUAAAGCUCUGUCAGCCUAUGCUCAAACAUCCAAAGAGGAGCUGAUCAUAGUAUUCAGGGCCUUCUUUGAACUCGAGGACUCGAACGAUGCUAGUUCGGGCUGGUCUACUCUUGCAAGUGAAAGCUCACCCACAAACAAGGUCAAUGAAGGCUUGCGAAUUGCUAGAUCCUUAUUAAAAAUGGUCAAUUCUCAACUGGGUCUUCCAUGCGCUACUCGUUUCGUGGAUGUCACGACUCCUCUUUAUCUUGGUGAUUUGGUAUCUUGGGCUAUUCCUUGCUCGCCUGAUUUAGCAAGUGGCGUUCCCAUGCCAAUUGGAAUAGAGACUACUAUGGAAUCUCUCCCACAAGCCAUGAAAGUACUCUCAACUGCCUCUCGCCCCCACAAAUACUUUUCACCGACUCGUUCAGCAAUGUUGGCUGUUGCUUGCUCUACCGGAAACGAAUACUCUCAUGCUGUACUCCACGUAUCUGCUACUCACACCAAGAGCUUUGAAGUGCAAAUCAACGAAACUGCUUCCAAUUUGUCAUCCAAGUUACUUCAACCACGACUUUUGGUUGAUAUCUCGUCGUCAUCUGAGAAUUUAUCUUCUGGCUCUGAGCUUGGAGCUAUCAAGGAAAGCAUCUCUCAAGUUGCCAACAUGAGUGGAAGCCAGGUUGUGGCUGGUGUCCACAUAACGGUCAAGAACAGCUUUAAGGACUUUUUUCAACUGUUUGAAGAGUUCGAUGUGUUGAAGAACGCUAUGCCAAUACAGUCAAGUAUUACCAAUAUCAUUACCGACCGCUCUAUUGAAUUCCUCUCAACAACUAUUCCGAAUUCCGCAACCGUCAAAGACAAUGAAUUGCCACUUGUGCUCUCACCAUCAUCAGCAAACAGAUAUUGUGGUUUUGUUAAAUACUUGAAAGAAAAUGGAGAUAGGCUCCGAGAGUUAAUUUCUCAGCACGGUGCUGUGCUGUUUCGAGGACAGCAAAAUUUCAACAUGGAGGAAUUUGAGACGGUUUGUCAAGUGUUGGGAAUCAAUGGAAGAGCAGCCUAUUCUACAUAUGAAAAUGUUGAAUUUCACAAUGUAUUGUCAAAGACGCACGAGUGUUGUGGGAACGUGUUGAUGUAUUGUGAGACUUCUCCUGCUGCUGGUGGUGAAGUUUGCCUCAUACAUGGAACGACAGCUUUCAAAGUAAUCGAAGCCAAAUUACCAGACUUUUCCAGCAGUCUGCAAGCUCACGGAGUUACAUACACGUCUCUGAGUGGAGCAAGGACUACACUACCUGCCAUAAGACUGGAACAAGCCCAACCAAGAUGGUUCAACUCUAUACUGCCGGCAUACUUUUCCAACGAAUCUGUAAUCUGUGGUGACUCGACGAGGUUCGAUGGCCGUGAAAUGCGCCAAGUGCUGAACCUACUCAAGGGAAACUGUGCUAAUAUCACUCUACAGCGUGGUGAUAUACUCUGGAUUGACAAUUCGCAAGUCAUGCACGCAAUCAACAUCUCCAGAGCAGGUGUGCAGGCUCCUAGUAUGAUUGUUAUCGCAGGGAACUGA